AUGACCCGUCUGUCCCGUCGAGAGCUGACUCUGAAGGCUCUGAUCCAUACCAGACGUUCGCUGGUCCACACACGAAGUCCCCUGGUGCACCGUUCUCGUUCCCGCCAUGGCUCGUUUUCCCUGAUAGACUCACUGACUCUGGCGUUAGCCGACGAUAACCAGACAGAGAUGUACGCCGGGGCGGCGCUGGAGGUGAUUCCCCUGUCGAUUUCGCUGUUGCACUAUCCUCACGGCUUUGGUCGGUGGAGACUGCGGCAAGACUCGGUGGUCAGUGAAGACAAUCCUUUGCUCCCUCUGAUACUGGGGACUCUGCAAGACCACGAUGACCAUGACAAUUUCCGAUUCUUUUCCAAAGAUCAGAUUGAAAAUGCCGUCGGUGGUUCCACUUUAGAAGACCUGGAAGUGCCCGUUGACUUUAAUACCGACUGGGACUACUCAGUGGACAAAUACGAUACUGAUGUCGACCGUGAACGGCUUUCAGGCGACGAUGGUCUGAGUGGCUACGGAUCGUUAGAGAGUUUUGAACGGCGACGCCGCCGCAGUCUGCCCACCAGUUCUAAACUGGGCUCCGAUGUUGAAGAAGAUGAGACUGAGGCUGAGGCGGAAUUUCAGCAACACUACCCAGCAAAACUUGUGUACCAGCGGUUCUAUUUAGCCGAAGAAGAUUUGGUAUUGGGGAUAGCUGGGUACACUUCGUGUUGGUGGAAGCAAGUCAUCUACUACCUUCUCUGUAUGUGCACGCUUGGCAUGGCUUACUUGAUUCUCCGGUGGUUCCCUCGCUAUCGCAUCAACCUUCUUGGUAACCCCCUGGCCCUUGGUGUCGCUGAUUGGUGUGUGAUUGAAAAUGAGUUUGGUGAACUUCAGAUCGUGGACGUUGACCAACAAAAGUAUGGCGAACGUCUCCUGAGUUUUAUCUCAGAUAACGAAGCUCUUAACCCUAACGAUGAAGUGGAGAUGGAGGAGAUUGGUGCCAAGCGUGACCCGAAUCCCGUGGUUCCCAUUGUUCACAGCUUCACAUACAGAUACAUCAAGUUCUUCUACUCACCCGUUGAAGAUAUCUUCCGUACUAACUCCAACUGGUAUGAUCCUAAGUGGCUUUCAGUAUCCGGAUGUCGCGAUGGUGUACUGCAACUGUUGCACGACCAACGGCUUGAAGUUUUCGGCCUCAAUCAAAUUGCUAUUGAGACAAAGCUGACUCGUCAAUUGCUUGUUGAUGAAGUGCUCCAUCCGUUCUACGUGUUUCAAGUGUUCCUGGUCUUGUUGUGGCUUGCUGAUAACUACUACUACUACGCUCUGUGCAUCUUCGUCAUUCUGGGAGCUCUGAUCAUCAACUCACUUAUUGAGACCAAGAGAACCCUUGCUAGACUUCAGGAGAUGAGUCGCUUCUGCUGUGAAGUUCGGGUGUGGCGUAAUGAGUUCUGGAAACAGGUGCCGUCCACUGAGUUGGUGCCUGGUGAUGUAUUCGAAGUUGACCCUUCAUUGUCAGUAGUCCCAUGCGACGCUCUUUUGAUCAACGGUGAGUGUGUGGUGAAUGAGGCCAUGCUUACGGGUGAGCUGGUGCCUGUCACUAAGUCCCAAGCCACUCAGGACACAGUGGAGCUUUUGCCGGAAAACUUCAAAACCCCGUUGCUCUCCAAGCUGUACUUAUACAACGGCACUCGUUUGCUCAAGAUGAAGACUACCAAUGAUGAACCGGUGGUGGCGAUGUGUGUGGCCACUGGAUUCAACACCACCAAGGGUCUGUUGGUGAGACUGAUGCUUUUCCCUAAACCCCUGGGAUUCAAGUUUUACCAAGACUCGUUCAAAUACAUCGGGUUCAUGGCCAUCAUUGCUCUCAUCGGGUUCUCCUAUUCCACUUACAACUUCAUCAAGUUGGGCUUGUCCCGCAAACUCAUGCUCUUGCGGGCGCUCGACAUCAUCACCAUUGUUGUCCCUCCCGCUUUACCCGCCACUCUCACAAUUGGUACUACAUUUGCUGUGCUGAGACUUAAGCAGCGUGGGAUCUUUUGCAUUGCCCCCACUCGAGUCAACGUCGCUGGGAAACUUGAACUUGUAGCAUUUGACAAGACGGGUACUCUUACUGAAGACGGGCUCGACGUGUUGGGCGUUCAUAUUUCCAACAAUGCUUUAGGCCGCAAGGAAAUCGUAUUUGGAGAUAUGUUGAAGAGUGGUCAAGAUAUUGUUGAUGACAUUAACUACCGUCACUUGGAGUCUCAUGCUACUAACCACGGGAUCUACGUGAUGGCUGCGAUGGCGCUGUGCCACUCACUCAGAAUGAUUGACGAUGAAAUUGUUGGUGAUCCUUUGGACGUCAAGAUGUUCGAUUACACUAACUGGGAAUUCACUGAAGAUCUGAGAGGACACAUCGUUGUCAAGAAGGGUGAGAAUAGCUUUACCGUGUUGCGUGAGUUUGAGUUUGUGUCGCAACUUCGCCGGAUGCUGGUUAUCAUCAAAGGAAACCACGACCAGGAGCUUGCUCUUGUCAAAGGGGCACCCGAAGUGAUUGUGGAAAUCUGUAAUUCUGAACUGAUCCCAACUCAAUUCGAAGAGCUUCUUCACCGCUAUACUCACACUGGGUUCAGAGUGAUUGCUUUGGCUUACAAAGAUGUUUCCAAGUCACAGUUCUUGCAACGGGAAGAGGUUGAAAGUGAUUUAACGUUCGCUGGGUUUAUUGUGUUUGAGAACAAGUUGAAGCCUCAAACGAAGCCCACUCUUCGCAAACUCAAUGAAGCAGCUAUCCGCACCGUAAUGUGCACUGGUGACAAUGUGUUGACGGCGAUUCUGGUGGGUAGAGAACUGUCGCUUAUUGACCCCGAUGCCAGCGUGUUCAUCCCUGAAUGGGAAGAGAAUGAACAAGGUGGUAGACUUGGGUGGGUCAAUGUCGAUAACCCCGAAAGCAAACUUGAUCCAGUCACAUUCAAGCCGGUGGAAACUGAUAUCCGUCAUACUUUAGUGAAACUUGCGAUUACUGGUGAUGUGUUCCGCUACAUUUUGACUGAGCUCAAUAACGUCAAUGUUACUCAGUACGUGCUUAUGAACUGUGAUAUAUUUGCGAGAAUGCUGCCUGAUGAAAAACACGAACUUGUCGAGCAAUUACAAAAGCUUGACUACACCGUGGGUUUCUGUGGUGAUGGUGCAAAUGAUUGCGGGGCGUUGAAGGCGGCUGACGUUGGUAUCUCGUUAUCGGAAGCUGAAGCCUCAGUGGCAGCACCUUUCACUUCGCGCCAAUUCGACAUUUCCUGUGUCAUCGAAGUUAUUCGUGAAGGUAGACUGAGUUUAGUCACUCUGUUCCUGUGCUUCAAGUACAUGCUGUUGUAUCUGGCGAUCCAGUUCAUCACUGUGUCUAUCUUAUACAAGCUGGGUACCAACCUUGGCGACUUCCAGUUCUUGUACAUUGACUUGUUCCUCAUCCUUCCGUUAGCCAUCUUCAUGCUGUGGUGCAAGCCGUAUCACAAGCUCGUGACCAAGAGACCCACGGCGAACUUGGUAAGUCCGAAGAUUUUGAUCCCCUUGCUCUGUCAGAUUUUUGUAUUAGCAUUAUUCCAAAUUGGGUUGUGGCUUCAGGUUAAAAAAGAACCGUGGUAUGUGGAGCCAGUGCCGGGUGGUGACGAUGAGGUCAAGCUGAGUGAUAACACCGUGUUAUUUUUAUUCUCGAACUUCCAGUAUAUCCUCAUGUCGGUGGUGCUCUCAGUGGGCCCACCUUAUCGGGAACCGAUUUCCAAGAAUACCCCUUACCUUAUCAAUUUGGUGGUGUCGACGUUGAUCUCAAUUGCCCUUUUCGCGGUUGACGGCAACUCGAAGACCGGAGACCUCAUGCAGCUCACAAAUUUAUCUCGCGGUUUCUACUGGCUUCUCCUUGUGAUGGCAGCGGUAAACUUUGGCUUAAUGCUCUUCGGCGAGGCCAAGCUUUUCGGUAAAGUGGCCGAUGCAUACAAACACGUAUUCCGGCGCCUGUCUAGAGGCCAGAGCAAAAAGCUCUUCAAGAAUCUUCGCAAGGAGGAGUUCUCGAUGGUUGUGGUGUGA